GUACAAUUAUUCGUGCGGAUAUUCUGGAGAAAAUUUGGAAAGGGUAACGCUAACGUUUCCAGUCCCACAGCUGUUUAUUUUACAAGGUAAAACAUGGAGGAAGACGCAAAGAAGAGUGAAUUUGUCCCACUUUGCGGAAUAAUGACACACGUUUUAAAAUAUGGCACAACCGAAAAUUCAAAAUAUCUUUUUCUGAUAAUUCCAGGAAAUCCUGGAAUUAUUGACUACUAUGAGCGAUUCAUGCAGGUUCUUUACAGGAAUUGUGAUCAAAAGAUUCCUGUCUGGGGCAUAUCACAUGCUGGUCAUGUGACAGUUCCAAAUAAAACAUUAGAUGUUGAAAAAGCCUCCUAUUCUGUUUGUUCUCUGGAAGGACAAAUCAAACACAAGAUUACAUACAUCAAAGAACACAUUCCUUCAGAUGUUAAAUUGAUUUUGAUUGGCCAUUCUAUUGGAUGUUACAUGAUCAUGAGGAUCCUGGAUGAGAUAGAUCACAGUAAUGUUCUAAGAUGCUUUCAGUUAUUCCCUACCAUAGAAAGAAUGGCACUGUCUCCAAAAGGCCAGGUAGCUACACCAAUGUUGAAAUACCUACGCUGGCUGGGGACAGCGAUAGUUCAUGGUGCAUCUUAUUUAUCUCCCCAUGUCCAAUACAGACUGCUUCUUUGGUAUUUCAGUGGUCGAAAAAUCCCUGAGUCUGUGUACAAUGCGUCAAUGAACCUCUUUGACCCAUUCUGUGUCAGUAAUGUGAUGUACAUGGCCAACUUGGAGAUGCAGCAAGUGGCCGCCUUAGACGAGGAUUUAGUGGAGAGGCACCUCCCAAGAAUGAGUUUUUACUAUGGUGAAGAUGACCACUGGUGCCCUAAAUCUUACUAUUUUGACAUGAAGAAGAAAUUCCCCCAUGGGGACAUCAAACUUUGUCAAAAGGGCUAUGAUCAUGCCUUUGUUUUAGAAGCCAGUGAUGAAAUGGGAGACAUUGUAUGGGAAUGGCUGCAGGCAGACCUGGCUAAGCUGGAAUCUUGAGAAUGGUAUCGGGUACGUUCGCCCUAUCUACCUGUUUGCAUGAGUCUGUUCGCGCAGGGUCCGUUCGCCAUUAUUCUUGAUCGCCAUAUAUCGCCAUAUAUCUCAUUUGCCCUAUUAUAUAUACAGUAUAU